UUUGUGUAGCUUUUGUGAUCUUUAGGUUGUAGAUGUUAGUGUUUCAAUGAAAUCUGUGUAUAUUACAGGGUUGUCGAUGACAUGUCGAUAGGUUGUCGAUAGGAUGUCGAUAGAUUGAGUGUCUGUUUGAAUUUUGCUGUAAUUUGUAUGUCGAUAGGAUAUCGCUUGUAUGUCGAUAGGAUGUCGACUGGUAGUUUAAGUGUAUUUCUGCCCUAUAUUGUCGACGACUUGUCGACAGUAUGUCGAUGGUAUGUCGAUUAAAUUAACUUGUUGAUUGUUAGGUUGUAUUGUCGACUGAAUGUCGACAGUAUGUCGACAGUAUGUCGAUAUAUUGUGUAAUUAUUAUUUGAUUGAAUUGUCGACUGAAUGUCGACAGGAUGUCGAUAUUUUGUCGACAUAAAAGUAUUGUGUCUGCUUUUGAUAAUGUCGACAUAAUGUCGACAUGUUUUGAAAUUUUUGUGUACUUACUGUUUGAUAAUGUCGACUGAAUAUCGACAUGAUGUCGAUGUUAUGUCGACCAUUUUUUAUUUUUUUGGCAGUUAUGUUGAUUUGUUUUUUGUUUUUUCAGAUGGCUCCCAGACUCAUCAUUCCAGCACCCGAGCAUUUUACUGGCCGCGUCACAUAUAGGGGCACUGGAAUUUUUGCAAAAAUCAAAGCUCGGUUUGAGGAGUUCAACCUUAAUAACACGGCGAAGGAAAGCCGUUUCGGGAACUUCUGGAAUGCCGUACCAUUGACAUUCUCCUCGGUGUUAUUUCACCAGCUGAUGCUCCACAAAAUGAAAGUGGAUGCUCAGGAGGAGUUGAGGAUGAGGUUUUAUGUUGGUCGGAAGGAGGUCCGAUUCGGGGUGCUGGAGUUUGCACUCAUUACGGGUUUGGACUUCUCCUCGGGGCCAACAGAAGAGGAGAAGGCUGCGCAGGUCGCGCGCUCGGGGUCAGACCGAUUGAUCAACAGAUAUUUCAACCGGUCUGAUAGUGUGAAGACAGAAGCACUCCAACUUCAGUUCACAAACUGCCAGAACCCGGAAGACUUGUACAAGCUCGGCUUGUGCUUGUUUGUGGAGUCAGUGCUUCUGGGCCGCGAGGCAAACGCGCUGAUUACGCCUCACAUACUUAGAUAUGUGGAAGACCUCGAGUUCUUCUUCCGGAUUCCUUGGGGGAAGCACUCAUUCGCCAGACUCAUGCACUCGCUUCAGAAAGACAUGUUGAAACAGAAGGCCAACUACGAGAAGAAGCUGAGUUCGGAUGUUCAGCACGAGUGCAAAUACACAGCAUAUGGCUUCGCACCUGCAGUACAAUAUUGGGCGUACGAGGCCAUUUUGGAGGUUGGGAAGAGGUAUGGCACGAACCACGGGAUUCGGUUCCCCAGGAUGCUUAGCUGGACGAGCAAAGGCGAUAUUGGGAAGAAAGACGUCAGCGCAUUAUUUUCUAGACGGAAUCUUGAAGUGGUGAAGGGGCUACUUCCACGGACAGAGGAGGAGGCAUUUGUGAGGACCAUAUCUUACGAUGGUGUGGAGAACCUGGUUGAUGAUGUUGUGGAUGACACAGAGGCUGAGGCACCGGACCGAGGCCCCAGGCGAGAUCCAUCUACCCCACCACCAGCUGCUUCACCCCCAGUAGAAGAGGAUGAGGUCUUCCCCGACGAUUACGAUCCUUAUGAGGGAGCUCCAGCGACUCCGAUCGAGGCACAACCUCUUAUCCAUCAUAUAGAUGCAGCAAUGCAUAUGCUGAGGAGGCGACGCACCGACUAUCCACUGACAUUUCCUCAGAAGGGUAUCAUUCUCUCCACAUUCGUGACCGCCAUGAUGAGCAGUGCAUGGACGAGCCACAAGGGUCCGAGAAAAAACUUUAAAUGGGAGGAUUAUAUCCUGGACUACUGCAGAGGGGCUCAUAAGAACGGCAAAUUCCCCAUCUUAACUCCUGAAGAGCUGAAGCAGGAGCCUGAUGUUGGCAUAGUUACUCCUGAAAUGCAGAAAGUUUUUGACGCCCAAAGAGCUUUCGAAAGAGAACGAUGUGGGAACGAGUUCAGAUAUCAAUGUUUGACACGUGACAUGAAGAAUGAUGUCACGGAAUUGAGUAGACCCGAGUCAUAG